AUGUGCAUCCGGGGCACAGGCCAGCAGCACGCAUUCGGCUCGCGCGCUCGCAAGGCCACCCCACCGCUUCGCACUCGCGUGCCGUCCCCCGGCCCCGCCGUCCUCGACCUCACGCGCUCGAGUCCUGCUGCGCCCGUCUCUCCACCUCGCGGCGCACCCUCCCCUCCUCCUCUUCCCCACCUCGCUCCUCCCUCGACCGCGUCCGCACUUGGCCAGCGCACGACCGCGCCUCUGCCGCGCCCCGGGCAGCAGCCGGCGGUCCCUGUGCCCGGGCUCGCUCCACCUCCCGACGCCGCCGACCCGGAGUCCGAGUCCGACUUUGGCAACGAGGUCCCUCUGCACCUCAAGUACGACCCCGUCCAACACGCCAACGUCGCCGUCAACGCGCACCUGUACAUCACCGACGAGCUCCCGGCGCGUGAGCACUGGGCCCGCCUCCUCGACGUCGUCGACACGAUCGUCCGCGACGCCCGCCACGACCUGCCGCCCUCGCCCGAGCGCGACCACAGCCUGUACACGAUCAAGACCUUGAUCGGCGAGAUGCUUGCCAACGCCGAGGUCGGCUAA